GUGAAAUCCAAAUAACAGGCGCCAAUUAAUAUAGCAUCAAAAUUUUUGUAAAUAUCAAAUUUCCUUGUAGUAAAAGUUAAAAAAGUACAAUAUCUAUCCAUAGAAAAAUGUCAGUACUCUUCAUUGAAUAUGCAAGGCAAUAUGAAAUCGAUACAUUUUACGAAGCGUGUCAACGCCACAGGGAUUACUAUAGAGGAUAUCCUAAAGCUUAUCAUCCAUUAACCUAUUUCUUAGAUUCGGAUUAUGUAUAUCAAUGCCCAGCAGAAAUGAAUGCCGUCUAUCUCAGCUUCCCGAUGUACCACGUGAAGUACAAGCAACCAGUGGGUCUUCCUGGUGUAACGGGCAGGACUAGUGGAUUCCCACAGCUGCCUGACCGUACCCUUGGAGGCAGAUUUAACAAGGCCGCUUGUAAGGUCUUCGUUAGAUAAAAAGCUUAUCUGAACCUAGACAAGAACGGGAGAAAUCAGCAAUAAGUACCGCAAAAGCUGUGUGGACUCUUUCUAGAAUACUGAUCAAUAAGGAAUGCUCUCAACGAGUGUUGACCUCUAAAGGACAAGAUAAAUAGACAACAAGAAGUCAUUUUCAAGAACUGAAUUUAACCAAAGAAUAUAGCACAUUUUAGCCCGUCUUUGAGAACAAAGAAUCGUAAAAACCAAACGAGCUGUUGGACAUCGUUACAACGCUUUCAUCAAUGUCUAAAAAAAUCAUAGCCAAACAACUCGUACAAUCCGAAAACUUAUUUCAUGAUUGCUUUUUUAAAUUUUGACAAGUAGUCAAGUCGUCUGGGUUCCACCUUUAAGAACACUAAAACAGAGAUAAAUAUUAAUUGGUAUGAAUCGGAACCCAAGAACUCGAUAUCAAUUGGUUGCCAAAUAUGCAAAUUCUGUGGACAAACCAACGUUAGACCAGCUCGCUCCAAACUUUCGUAAGUCUAUGAAGAUAACAUAUAUAACAUGACGUAUUUGUUUCUUUCUUCUUUGUGCUGUGUUUCAACUUAAAUUUCAUAAUGUGUGGUAAAUCCACAUGUCGCCAAUAAAAGGCAAAAUUUUUUAGGAACAAUUACGAUAUAAUAGAUAAAACGCGCC